AUGAGAGAUUGCAAUACUCCAAGCAGGGGCAGUGCUGAUAAACACACUUGCUAGUGCUGAGCUACAGGUUUUGCUCCAAGGAGUAUGUGGUGCCUGGCUGAAAAGAACAGCUGAAGUCUCUGAUAACUCUGGCAUGCCAAACUCUGCAUGCAAACACUUGGGAAUUAAUAUCACAACAGAAACAGGGCAGAGAAGCACACGAAUUUAAUUCAAUUGUAGAAGAUGGAUUGGAGAUAGAAUAUUGAUGCAGAACGAAUGACACCAAACUGCCGUUGCCUGGAAGUGUUGAAGAAGACACAAUGAUUUUGCUAAACCAUUCAAAUCAAACAUUUGAAGAGCCUUGUUCUGACUAUAUGAAAAUAACUUUACUUCUGACUUUUUAACUGGCUUGCGUGUAAGCUGUACUUUAGAUGGCUGUGCAAUCAUUACAUUGUUUAAUGGAUGAGUAACUUCUCUAGUGCCUGCAAUUUCCCCUUGAAAAUGGAAGCUAAUAUUCCACCCCUGGUCUUUCUGCUUGUGACAGCUGGUCUGUGUUUAUGCAAUGGCCACAUAUCUGAAGAGACCCUACAAACUGCACAGGUGUUUUUGGAAAAAUAUGGUUACCUUAAAGAAACAACUAAACAUCAUAGUGGCAAACAACUUGCAUCAGCAGUCAGAGAGUUUCAGUGGCUGUCACACCUGCCUGUCAGUGGAGAUCUGGACUUCUCUACAGUAAAACAGAUGAUACAGCCUCGAUGUGGCAUGAAAGAUGAUGAAUCGCUAGAACUGGUCAAAAGUCACCGUCAACAACGCAAGAAACGUUACAUUUCCAAAAGUAAGAAAUGGUACAAGCAACAUUUAACUUAUCAGAUUGUCAACUGGCCCUGGUACUUAUCCCAGCAUCAGGUCAGGCAGGCGGUAAAAGCAGCGUUCCAGUUGUGGAGCAAUGUUUCCUCUCUGACAUUUUCUGAGGCUCUAAGAGACCCUGCAGACAUCCGUUUGGCAUUCUUUCAUGGGGAUCACAAUGAUGGUGCUGGAAACGCUUUUGAUGGACCAGGUGGUGCCCUGGCACAUGCUUUUUUCCCCAGACGGGGGGAGGCCCAUUUUGACAGUGCUGAGCACUGGUCAUUGAAUGGUAAAGGCCAAAACCUGUUUGUUGUAUUGGCACAUGAGAUCGGACAUACUUUGGGACUUCAGCAUUCUCCCUUCAAAAAUGCCCUGAUGUCCCCUUACUACAAGAAACUGAAUAAAGACUAUGUACUGAACUUUGAUGAUGUCCUGGCCAUCCAAAAUUUGUACGGAGCGCCACCUAGUGGAAAUCUUGUGCAACUCCCUGGAAAACAAUUUGCCUUUUUUCAGGAUUGGAGUCCAGAAUCACAUGAAGAUACUAAUUCAGGAAUGAAACAGUCUUCCUACUGCCACUCUAUCUUUGAUGCCAUCACAUGGGAUUUGAAACAUACAUUAUACAUCUUUAAAGGUCGUCACUUUUGGACAGUCUCAUUGGAUGGCAAAAUCUCACCACCCCAAACUCUUCAGAUGCGCUGGAAGAAACUCCCUUCUUAUAUUGAAGCUGCAGUUGUGUCUGGUUUUGAUGGAAAAUUCUACUUCUUUAAAGGUGGAAGGUGUUGGAGGUAUAAAGAUUCCAUUUUAGAAGAAGGUUUUCCUCAAAAAUGCAGCAUGAACGGUUUGCCUCGUCGUCCUGACACUGCACUGUACUUUCAGCCUCUUGGUCACUUAGUCAUUUUCAAGGGCUCUAAAUAUUAUGUUGUAAAUGAAGAGUCCCUAACAGUGGAACCUUACUACCCACGGACCUUGCAAGACUGGAAAGGUGUGCCAGCCAACAGUCACAGUGUUCUGACCCAUCCUAAUGGAGCUGUCUACUUUUUCAAAGGUGACAAAUACUGGAUAUUUGACCAAAACAAGCUAAAAGUAACUACUUCUGGAAAGUGGGCUGAAGAUUUGUCUUGGAUUGGUUGUAAAAAGCAUAAGACCUGAUUUUUCUACAAUGUUCAAAUGGAUUCACAAUGUUAGGAAGCUCAAUUCUGUAUAUAGGACAUACCAAAGAAAAAACCUGGGACAACUUUAAAGGAUCCUGGUGACCUUGUCAUGUAGUGUUUCAGUAACUAAGCAUUUGUAUAGUUUUCUAGACUCCUUUUUGUAUAGUCUUCUGAUUAUCUGAUUAUCUUAAACUUGAUAAUGAAUGGUCCAUUUGCAUUGCAAAGAAUAUAUUUAUAUGAACAUGGGCUUCAGCUUGGAUAUUUGCCUAAGAUAGAUAUAGAUAAGAUAGAUAGGCUUAGCCUUCCCAUCUGCCAAGUCUAUGCCAUGAUUAGUAUUGUAAGAAUCAGAUGCACAUGGACUAACAAUAUUCUGAAGAGUAACAUUUCAACGGUUCAACUGGAAUGCAAUGGUGUCCACCCGCUACUGUCUAGAUUUUUAAACAUUUCUUGCACUUUAACAAACACUGCAGUAGAAGAUAAUGGAUUAGUAAACAAGACAUAAGGGUAGUGCCACACGGGGCAGAUUCUCAGCCUGCCGAUACCGAGAAUCUGCCCCAUGUGGCAGUAGCCUAUCACUCGAAUGAAAGCUCAGAUACAAUUUAAUACACUGACCAUUAUUCGCUGGAGACUAUGGACAACCUUGGUCAGUAUGAGUAUAAGUGAGUAUAGCACUGCACUCUGGAGAUGUAUCAGCUAGUCAUUUUCCUCAACAUUCUCAACAUUCUGUGCUCUCAUUGGUACAGUAAAAUACAGUUAAACUAUAUAGUGUGGCUAUUUUACUUUAUACAGUGUUAGCUGUGAAAUGUCAUUGCUAACUUCACCUGAUUUAAGUUGGGGGAUAAUAUAUCUUUACAAAUAAAAUGUGUCAGCCAUAUGAUAUAUGACAUAUAUAUUUAGUGGUAGAGUGAGUUGAACAUUGUUGUUAAAUACAAAGAUAUAAAUUGGGAUAUUUCUAUUAAUAGGCUUGUACAUAAAGUUCAGCAAGGAAUGUAGGAAAUGCAUUUUUACUUUGGACAAAAAAGUUCACUGUGGGCUAUGGCAUAUACAAAAAUAAUCCUGCUGAUUUGUUUUUAGUGGGCACAGUUUUGUGGUUUGUGUUUCUGGGCAUAGGUUUAGGGUUUCGCUGAAUAUUCUGUUUGGUCGGUGGUCUAUGCUGCAGUUUUGUUUAUGAAAAACCUUUAAUGUCCGUUGGCUUGCAAGCCCACAACCCCUGCUAGCCUUUUUUAAGGGGGUUAUAACCUUAUAGGAGGACAAAGGAGAAAGAGAUUUCCAAUUUUUCGUUUAAAGCUCCCCUAUAAAGUCCAAUGUAGUCAGGGGUCUUGCAGUUGAUAUAAGUGUUAUAUAUACAGUACACACCUGUUGUUAUCCAGGGGUAUCAACAAGUUACUAUUCACCUGCAAUUUUACCUCAUUGGCACAUUGGAUGAUUUGAAGGGUUUUGUCACCCUGGUGUUUGGUAGCUCCAUGUAUGAGUAAGAUUACAGGUGAUUUAUAGGUCAUUUUAAACAAACAGACCCAGUUAAAGGAACAGUAACACUAAAAAAUGAAAGAGCUUUAAAGUAAUAAAAAUAUA